UCAUCAACAACUUUAUCAGAAAUUGAAGAAAAUCAAGAGAGGGGGAGUAGGCCAUUUACAGGGAAAGAUGUCUCUAAUCACAGAAGAGAUCAGAGCUAAAGCAGAUGAGUUGUACCAUGGAGAUGACAAAUGUCAAGAGAAAACAAAGUUUUUGCUCCAGGAGGUAGGCAUGCCUAAUGGGUUGUUGCCCUUGAGAGACAUUGAGGAAUGUGGGUAUGUGAAGGAGACAGGGUUUGUGUGGCUCAAGCAGAAGAAGAGCAUAACCCACAAGUUUGAGAAGAUAGGGAAGCUUGUGACUUAUGCACCUGAAGUCACAGCCGUGGUGGAGAAGAACAGGAUCAAGAAGCUGACUGGGGUCAAGACAAAGGAGCUCUUGAUUUGGAUCACACUCAGUGAUAUCUAUGUUGAUGAUCCCCCAACUGGGAAAAUCACCUUCAAGACCCCUGCUGGCCUAUCCAGGACUUUCCCGGUGUCCGCUUUUGAGGUUGAAGAGGAAGGUAAGGAUGCCAAGGAGAAGACUGAGGUGAAAGAACUGAAUGGUGCUGUGGUAGUGAAAGAGGUGUGAGUUUUAUCUGUGGUUCUUAUGGUGUUGGCAACCAAAUGUAUUGUGUUUUUCUGGUGUUUCUUAUCAUGUUAUUGGUGAUAAAGGUGUUUUAUUGUUUCAAUGUUUCAAAGAGCAUUUUGUGGAGCCUAAAGGUUUAACCAUUUCGUGGAUACAAACUUUAGGUAAAAUGAGUUUGUUCUUCUACGAUAUGGGUUGUACUCUAGUGUAAAAUAAAAAUUUAUAAAUAAA